GCAGGUUGCAUUUAGGCGUGUUCUUGGUGUUCUUGUAGCCGCUUCUUCUUGUACCCGCAGCCCCCUGCGAAAGCUGACUAUGAGUCGUGGAAUCAGCACUAAACCUCCCAACGUCCUCGUCCUGUGUGGCGCCCAGAAAGGCGAGGGUUCCCAACAAAACAAAUCCUUUUUCUCCGCCGUCAGGGAGUGCCUGAUCUCGUCUCUCGACUCACAGCGCUACGUGGUUUACCCGCUACCGCUUGAAGACGCCGGUCGAGUUCCGUGGAGAGACAACUGCAGGCUCCUGGUCGUUCCGUCCGGUCUGCAGCUACCGGACGGGUCCGAGGUGCUGCGGGAGCUCGAGUCUUACGUCAAGAACGGUGGGACGCUGCUGAGCACGCACGAUACGACGAACGCUGCGUUUGGGUUUCAACUGCCGGAGAACUUCCAACGGUCCAGACUGGUUGAGAUUACAGGGGCCACCCCACAGAUUAAACCCAAUGAAUGGAUAGUUGCUCGAACCUGUGCACCCCGCGUGGAGAAUUUUCCAGAUGCUCUUUCUACACUUCCGCAGCAGAAGACUUCAAGAGCCCUGGCUAUAAUGAGAGAGGUGAGUCUGAGUGUCGCUGGACCAUGCAAGAAUGGUACGGCUGAACGAGGAGAGGGUACACAAGGAAAAGAAGGAGGAGGAGGAGGUGAAGGAGGAGAUGUGAAUGGAGGAGGGGAUGGAGGAAGAGGAGGAGAGGUGAAUUGGGGCGGAAGUGGAGAACGAGGAGGAGAAAAUGUUGAAACCUCAGUAGUUGUGGAUUGCAUUCAGCAGCUGCAGUUUGAGGGAGGUUCUGGGCAAGUUGUUCUCUCUCUCGUGGAUCUUCUAUCAACUCCCAGUUCUGAAGACUCCACCGUCGGCGUCUCUCAGCUAGUGGCUCUCAAAAAUGAUGCCCAAAAUGUCUUGAGUUUAUUUCAGUCCGUUCUGAGGGAGAUUGGGAUGGAGUGCUCCAAAGGAGAGAGUGUUACUCCAACACUCUCCUAUCUUGUGUGUUCUGACCAGUUGAGGGCGCAGUUUCAUUCUGUGAUGGCUCCACUAGUGAAGGAAGGGGUGGUGAAAGGCAAUGGAGUGGAUAUUGAACUAAUGACGAGUGACCCUGCCAUUGAAGGCUCGUCGGUCGAUCCUCCACCCACCCCUGCCCCCAACAAGAUAGUCCUACUCACCAGACCACUACAGGGAGACCUAGAGGAACUGGGAUUUGAUAUUGCUCAGUACAAGAGGCUACUCCAUACGGGACACAUGGGGAGGACCCUGCUUUAUACCCCAGUGAUUGGGUCCACGCAGACUAUGCUCACGGGGAACUUGGUGUUCACUCGGGCUCUGAGACCAGAGAUGGGUGUGGUUUGUGUGGCUGGUCAGCAGACCCAGGGAAGAGGGAGGCACGACAAUGCCUGGCUGUCUCCCAAGGGUUGUAUG